CACUCACCCCUAAACCACCCCGAAAAUAUCUCCACCAAUGAGAGAGAUCGAAACGAAGAGGCAAGAGGAACGAUUCGAAAAUUGCGCCGUGGACCAAGGGGUAGUGGUAGAACCACGGAGAUAUAGACGUUUUGUACGAUUGGCCCAACGACCUGGCGCGGUUGCCAAGUCCGCUAAAGACUGGUGUCUACGUGGUGGGGGAUGACUCUACGGCGGCGCGCAGUUUGAUUGGUGGAGCGUGCGGAGCCGCCUUUCGAGUCUCAGCGGACCGUCGCGCGGUAAACGCAUCCUCAGUUCGCAUUCGGAAGCCCUGCGAGCUACAUCUCCUUGAGACGGAAAGGAAAGAUCCAAACGGGAGCUUUCAAGUUUCCCCCCUCCAAGGGAGUCGCGCAAAGAAUUUACGAUACGAAACAGUGCCAAGUUUCUCUCGCACGUACUCUAUCGCACCGGUCUAUAUAUAUAUACACACACACAUAUAUAUAUAUAAUAAUCGUCUUUCGUUUUCACGGUGAUUCUUGACACGUGACAACCGUAGCAGCGAAAGAAGCUCAGAAAGCAAAAGAGCGUGGUUGUUCGACGCAAGAAGAGACGCUCGUCGAUCGUUCGAAUCGGUAUCGUGAAUCUGGCUCGCGUUCACGUUGGUCUCCUCGCACGAUCGAGAGAAUCGAACGGGUGUGCUUCCAAUGUAAAUCUACGAGCGUAUAUUAUCGGAGUGACAGUUUUUGUGUUCUCGUCGUUCGUAUAUACUGCGGUUUUUCAUUUUUCACUGGCUUUUCGUACGAAACAACGCGAACCCGUCGUUCUGUUCUGGAAGAGGAACGAAGGCUAGCCACGGCUGGAUUGCGAAAAGAUUACGACUAGGUCCAGUGGUUUUUUUUUUUUUUUCUUUGGUGUGAAAUUGAGAGAACAUGUCGACUGCCGUCAUGAGCACAACAAUGUUCGAGUGUAGCGAGCAUCUUUUCAAGGUGAGUCACACGAAUUUGACGCGGACGAAUACCACAGCUAAUUUCCUAAGAAACUUGUCGUCGAAGAACGCAGCUUCCGCGAAAGCGAAGGAAGCAGCCUCGACGUCUGCGAACGCGUCGAGCAACGGAACAUCCGGUAACAAUGGCGGACACGCGCCCCUUCGUCGAAGCUACACAUCACUGAUGAACACCCUGAUCGAGCAGCACCGCAAACUGGAUCGCAGCGCGAGCGAACCAACGUCCCGCUACAAAACCGAGUUGUGCCGGCCGUUCGAGGAAAGCGGCACCUGCAAAUACGGCGACAAGUGUCAGUUCGCGCACGGUUACAGUGAACUGCGCAAUCUUACCCGCCAUCCGAAAUACAAAACCGAGCUGUGCCGCACCUUCCACACGAUCGGUUUCUGCCCGUACGGGCCCCGUUGCCAUUUCAUUCACAACUUCGAGGAGGCGCGAAUCCACAAUCAGAAGGUCAGCGCGCAACUAGGAUCCACGCAGCCGAACAUCAUGGGUCUGAAUCCGCUGUUGAGCGCCGCUGCAGCAGCCGCAGCGGCUGCGGCCGCCGGUGGUAACAGUUGCAACUCCAACGUCAACCAAACCGUAAAUAGCGUCGCUUUGCUCGAGCAGAUCGCGGCAUCUCCGCAAGUCGCGGCUGCGGCAGCCGCGGCCACACCGAGCCUCAUGAGAACCAACUCGUUGAGCCUCUGCAGCGGCAGCAACACGUACAACCCGCCACCGUUGCUCAGAACGAAUUCCUUGAGCUUGACUACCAGCCAGCAGCACCAUCAUCACCACUCGCAUCACCAUCAUCACCAUCAUCAUCAGACUGGUUCCACAACGGUCAGCUCGGUGAUCGGUGCCACCAGGCCGAAACCGUUGAAUCUGAGCCCGACGUUCUCUCUCGGGAGCACCGGGGAUUCUAUUUCGCCGUCGUCCAGUCUCAGUCAGUCGCCUACCAACUCGAUGGCGAGUUUCUUCAGCGACGACUGCGUCCAACAACCGUCCGUGACGAGUCUACCCACCACGGCGUUCAGCUUCGGUCAGGAUUUCGGUCUGUUGGCGACGAGACAGAGCCCGAGUCCACGGACGAACAGCGUCUGCAGUCCAUUGGGCUCGGACGAGCUAACGCCAAGAACUCCGUCCCCGUUGUCGCCGAACGCCGAGUACAGGCUGCCUGUUUUCAACAGGAUCAGCAGCACUCUCGGCGACUUGAAGAUCUAAAGAGGGAGAUUUUCCUGGGUCCUUCGACUCUUUGGUAUAUCAUCAUUUUUAUUUUCUCUCAACAUUUAUUUCACGAGGAUACACAGGUUGCGUAGAGAAGAUAUAUGGUUCACGAAUGACGUACGUUCGAAGGUAACCGAAAGAGCGUUGGACCCCGAGACUCUAAUUUAUCUAUCGAAAAGACAGGAGAAUGUGGGGGAGAGUGGGCGAGCUCUUCCGCAACGACUCGAGGAGGAAAAGUUUUUUUUUUUUUUAAAUAUUUGAGCUGCAUUUCUCGCGUGUGACGGAUCUUCCUCUCCGUCGUACUCGGCUUCUUAUUUAAGCGUUUCUUUUCUGUUCGUAGGACGCGUUAGACAUAUUAUUCUCUCGUUCUUUAAACGAUCGUCUCUUCCUUUUUAUCAUAAUCGUCAUGAUUAUUAUUAUAUUAUAUUAUAUAUUAUAUUAUUAUUAUUAUUAUUAUCAUCGCUAUAAUUAAUAUUAUUAAUAACGUUGUCAGUAAUAUCACUAUCGAAUACUGAAUAUCGUCAUUACUCUUAAAACUGCAUUAGUAGCGUCAGUUCACUUUCUGACUCCGACCACCAGGGCCGUUUUCUUCUCUUUUUUUCUUUAAUUUAGGUUUACGGUUCAUUUAAUCGAAAGUCGAGAUCGUAAUCAGCCCGGAUGUUCUCGACCCGCUCGUGAGAAUCCUUGGACGAAGGAACGAAACGGAUAAACGAGGUUAGGAGUAAGGUUUAGACAGUCGUUCAAACCGUGUGCGCCAACCAGAGCCAACACGACCGAGGGCGCACGCGCUAUAGAUCUCCCGUUCGCGCCAAGGUUCGAGCGCAUGUGCCGUCGGUUGGCUCGGCUUCUAGGUUUGUACCGAGUCGUUGGACGCGCAGAGAAGGAGACGAGAGAAACGGGAGCCGCUGGAACGAGAGAGACGAGCCCAAGUUUCUUCCGAAUCGUGACUUUCCUCGAGCAAGUUGUUCUUUGAUCUCUCUUGGACUCGGUACGAUGCUUCUUCUCGUUCCUUCGGCUCGGUGGAGGGUGUCCGCGCUCGUCGCGAGUUUCUUUCCUUCGUUCGCGAGGAAGCUCGCAGGGAUCGGGCGUCAAGAUCGAUCCGGGGCAGGUGAAACGUUGCAAUAUUCCAAAACACUUAGGUACGUUACGUUUCUUUUCUUUUAAUUUUUUUCGAAGUCCCUUCGUCCGCGAGGAAGGGAAGGGAAAGUUGCGUCGAGAGUGAAAGGGAGGCGAGAGUAGCGAGCCACGCGCGCAUGCGCGCGACAGAUGAUGACGAGUGGCGGGACAGAGAAAUAGAGAAGGAGAGAGCGUGGCGCGUUCUGUCGGUGCCAGAGAUGGGUAUAAUUUUUUACCUGAAUUUGAACGAUAAAUAACGAUCGCUUAUCUGUUAACCCUUAAUCGCAUGAAUAUUGUUUUAUUUAAAAGAAAUGCGAAGAUAAAACAUUCGUUCGACCUUACGUGGUAGACGAUAAUUGUGACUCUUUUAUCUUUUAAAAUGGAAAUUAUUGGUUCUUUGUACGUUCAGUUAACGCUAAACGAUAAGUGAUCGAACCUGUUGUUUUCACGUGCAGUUCCUGUAACAUUUCUUUGGGGAACUUUACAGGAAACGUUCUUUUUUUUUUUAUCGGGUUCCCUGUUGGACACGUCACGCGAUACAGGGUUAUCAUUUGAAGUUAAUCGUUGCUCAUCUUUGGUCGGGUAUUGGGACGGUGCGACGAAGCGCGCCAACAGAUCAACAAUCAAAUCAUGCUAUGCAAAUUAAGUGGCUUAAGAACUCCGAUUGUCUUCCAAUGUUAGAGCGAGUGAAAGUGUGUUUGUGUGCGUGCGUACCAGGCGCGAGAAGGAAGAUAGCGAUAGCGAUGGCGCUGCGGUGAGAGCACAAGCGCCAUGGCGGCGAGCAAAAGGGGGAUAAUAAGAGAAAGUGGUGCGUUCGCAUGUGUGCCUGUGUGUAGCAUUACGUAUGGGAAAACAGCGUGUCCUCCGAGUGAAUGGAUGUAUGGUUCGUAUAUAGGUACGUUACACAAAAAUUUGCGUUAGGUAUUUUAUAAGGCAGAGGAGUCGCUAGGGCUUCCAACGAUCUAUUCGAAGACGUAACACGUUUUCCUUGACUAACCAACGGAUUUUUCACGCUUCUUUCUUAUUCGUUUCUUUUCUUUUUGGUUUCGAGAAUGACAAUCGUUUUCGAGAUGAUUUUUACGAGGGGAGUCGAAGGUACAAAAAUUUUGCCAUCAGCUUUUUUAGGUUGUUACUCUUUUCAAGAUAUUUUUAGCAGUUUUUGAUUCCAAGAUAUCUCGUGACGUUCAUUUUUCUUUUGCUUCUUUCGAACCGAAGAAAUGCUCGGUGACGUUUAGUUUGUUUUCGACCAUUUUCAUUUUUUGCUGCUAUUUGAUUUUUCUUUUUUUACAAUACGUUUCUUACGUUGUAUCGUUCGAUGCGCGAAAGGAGGGAACUAGCAAGGGGCGGAUGUUGACUUCACCGAUUUUAACGUACGGGAGGACGGUAAUUAUUUUUUACUCCGAAAGUAUCUUGGCGAAUCCUUCAACAGAUAACUGGAAUAGUACGUUUAGGGAUAUAACGAUGUGGCUUCCUCGCAGUGCCUUAAAGCAGGCCUUGAAUUAUGAAAUAAGAGAAUAUACGGUACGGAUGUGUGCGUGACAAAUGUGAGAUCGAGAGGGAGAGAAAGAGGGAGAUAUCAUCAUUAUCGUAGUACAUAUAAAGAUAUACAUUGUUCUCUCCUGUUGAAAAAAAAAAAAUAAAUGUGAUAUGUAACUAUUGCAAUAGAAAUAUAAACUAUUAUUAAAAAAUAUUCUAUUAUAGGGAGCGAAAGGGAGAGAGUGUAUGAGCGUGUGACAGAGAGGGGAAAAAGAGGUAGAGAGUCGAAUCGAGCGAAAGCGAGAGUGAACAAGAGCGAGGCGGCGUUAAUUCGAGAGCGCUUCCGGUCUCGCGGAAGUAACCAUUUUUCGUGCUUGGAGAAAUUCGAAGAGAUGUUUCGAAAAAAUAAGUAGAGCGUGAAAUUUCAAGAUCCAUUCGAGCGAUUAUUCGUUUCGAAAAAGGUUCACUUCCGCCAAGCAUCGCCGCCUCGAUGAGAAUUUUGAAAGAGAAUAAAGAGAGAGAGAACAAAGUAAAACGAAAGUGCCUAAAUGACGUGGUUUCUGAAAAAUCGAAUACAUUUUGUACAUAUGCACACAACACACUCCUUAUGGUAAACAAAAAAAAUGUUUUCGUUUAAUUUAUACUUGAAAGCAAAUGUUAUUAUAGUUUUAGUUUAUUAAUAUUAUUAUAAUAUUAUUAAUAUAAUUAUUUUAUUAUUAAUUAUUAACUAUUAUUUUUAUUAUUAUUAUUAUUAUUAUUAUUAUUACUAUCGUAUUCGCAACGCUGUACGCCUCAGUCGUAUACGAAGUAGAAAGCUUCUUCUACUUCAACGAACAGCACGGCAUCCAUUUAAUAUUGUCUCCAUUAUUAUUUAUCUGGUCAAUCGUUUCUUUUUUUUUCUUAAUAUUUUUUUUUUUUUCGUUUUUGUUUCUUCCUGCUUGUAACGAUGAAAUUAUUUGCGAGUGCUCACAUACACGUGGUCGGUUGCAACGACAAUCGUCGUUCAAAACUCCAAACUAAGGUCAAUUAGUCCCGCGUUUUAUCUAGUAUCGUCGGUACUUUUUGUCCCUCUAUAUGUAUACGCAUAUAGAGCACCGAAAGUAUAUAUAUUAUAUUACGCUAAUUAUUAUUAAUGUUAUUCACUAUUGCUAUUACUAUUACUGCUGCUAUAACUACUACUGCUACUUUAUACUACUACUAUCACUAGCACCCCACCGCUACUACUAUUACUAUUCAUUUAGUGCUAGCCUAGCAUAUUUCCACGGAUCGUUGUCAUUGAUCAUAUUUCUCAUCGUUUAUUAUCGUGAUUCCGUGUCGAGAAACGAAAAGUACCCGUCUACCCCCUCUCAUGCUGGGUUCGUCGCGUUGCGUUUUCCAUCUUUGUACAUCAUCCCCAUUAUUUAACGAACACUAUUUAAUUUUCUUCUCCGCUAUUUCGUAAGCAUUUCCAUUUCUCUCGUGCCUCCGCGCCGUGUUAGAUACGGGCUUCCAUUUUCCUUUUUUGCUCAUCUUUACGACGAACGUAAAUUCCCGUCGUGAUUUGUCUCGACAUGAGCGGGGAAAAUUUUAUUCCACGCAGAUUUCGUAACCGCAGCGUUCGAUGAACUGUGGGAGACAUCGUUGUCUGUCCUUAAAUUAUUUUACUCAUAUUUUUUUUUUUUUUUCUAAUAACUGCUCGCUAUUCGUCGAUGGUUUAUCGAAGAACGGUCAUCGUAGCGACGGGAAUAAUACCUCGGUGAGAGAUUGGCAUAGCCAACGGAGAAACAAAUGUCGUUCGUGCGCGAGGUAGACGCGCAGGCAUCGAAAGCCCUUUGCUAGGUAUGACUGUUUCGAGAAAACGAUAGUACCCCGAUAUUUUAAUUCUGAAAUGAAUUCUUAGACUCACGAUGAUCGGGUUGACGCGUAAUUUAUUUUGACCUUGACAAAAAUGUAAAAUAAAACAUAAUCAUCGCGAAACGUAAACUCGCGCGUCAGCGUAGGUUGGCACGGGUUGCGCGCGCAGAUUAGAAAAUCUCCCGGGAGGGUCAUUCGAAACGAGACGGACCCACAUACCAGUCGCACAAGGCAGGGACAGAAAGACAGACAAAGAUAGAGAAGAGCGCGUUUACCCGGGCGCAGAGAGUGAAAGUCCCAGAGAGUUUCUUCUCGCUUGGUAGAGAAAUAAAAAGAUGCGUGGGCACAGUGGGCAGGGCGUACAGAGGGCGAGGGAGACAGUCUUGGGAUUAAGGUUUACAGGCACAGCAGAAGUACACAGUUAUAUUUUUCAAAGAGAAAACAAAAGCAUUGGAUAGUCUUGAAAGUACAAAUAAUAUAUAUUUAAAAACUUGUUGCCUUCGGUUAAAUUUCUAUCUUCAUAAUAUACAAUAAUUUCGUGUGACAUUGAAUUCACAUACACAUUUCCUUCAGUUUCGAUAUCUGUUUUAAACGUGUUAUCAAUAUUUACCAGUUGCGGUUUUAAAGCCAUAGUAAAACCUACAAUCUUUCCCCGGGUUGUAGCGCCUGAAGCCCAAAGACUUAAUUCGGCCCUGAUGGAAUAUGGAAGGGAAUCGCACGGCGCGCAUUCUCCAAAACGACGCCGCUGGUACGCUUCUCGCCCGUGUCGCGGUUAAAGUGAAACUGGUAAGAGACCGAUCUCUCGACUCGCGACUAAAUCGUACCAACGAACGGGGCACACACCGUUUCGAAAGUGUCUCGCGAUGACUGCCGCACCGGGUCCCUUCGUUAUGCUUGCCGCUCUUACCAUGUUUCUGCAUUCUCGAGUCCCACGGGUCUUUCUUCUCUUCUCCGUUUUCUUUCUCCCCAUCCGACGAAGGGGGAUGAGACGAGUUCGAGGAAGGUUUUCUUGGCUUUCGUGGCUGCGGUGUAUCUAUGGUUUUUCACGAUUGAAAGUUUGAAAUGCUCUCAAGUUUCGUAGAGUUACAACUCUAGCGGACGGAUUAAUUUUUUUCAUAUUUAAAGAGCGUCUUGCCUUAGCAGAAAUUUGCUCGCGAGUGGAGCGCCACAUGGACUCUUGUACACUUUAAUUUCGCUACGGCACGCUUCUUUGGGCUUGUAGAAUAUUUAAUUUUUGUACGUUUAGCGCGAAAAGCAGAGCGAGAUUGCGAGAGAGUUUUAGUUGAUUAGUGCAAUUAAUUUAAUUUCUACAUAUUUAUUCGAAUCAUUUUUUUUUUAGCAGUGUCAGGAAGCAUGCAUGUUUCUCAGUUUUCUCAAUUUUUUUUUUCUGCCAUCGAUCAAAGAAGCGUGCGCGAUUCUUCGCGCGAUCGGCGAAGGAAGCCAACGAAAUGUUUGUCGAACCAUUUCCACGCGUACCCGCGGUUGUCGGGCACGGUUCACACUUCCGCAAAAGAACGUAGUAGCUAAAACUACUAGUAGCUAAAGCUCCCCGAUCGAAAACGCGCGGGGGAUACUCGGUCGCAGCACUGAACGACGCAGAAUUCGUACCCUCGUGUUAUAGACUUGACAACUUAUACAUAUAAAUAUAAUAUUAAUAAUAAAAUAAUAUACUUUACGUUACGUCUCUUUUUUAAUUUAAUAUAUUUAUUUUUUCAAUCAAGUAUUUAUAUAUUUAUACAAUAUUUUAUACAAACGUUCUUCACAGAUACACGCUAUAAUGUAAAAUGGCGCCGUAAUUACGGGACGCCACCGUAACGCGGCAGGUCGAUCUCUUGGCUCUCAGAGGAAACCGAUCAUUCUAGCAACCCUCGCAAACACCAAUCCCCCCCUGAUAAUAUUUUUUUUUUUUUGUAUUUUUCUUCCGUUUCUUCGAGACCAGCCACAACCCGAAUAUCAUUUUCUCUUCCCCUUUACUCGCCCCGCGGAGGACCGAUGGGGCACCAUCGGCGCGCCGCGCGGCGAUUCCCCAUCAAAACGUCAAAAAUAAAAGUGUGUAUACUUAAUUUCUCCUUGUGAUACGCGACCGCGACGGUCGUUCGAGAAAGAUUUUUUGCGCGGGAGAUCAUGCUCGACGAAAAUAAGAGAGAGAAAGAGAGUGCGCGUGUACGCGCGCGCGCCCCCGCGUUUGUGUGUUUUGUAUGCGUGUGUGAGUGACAGUAGCGAUACGUACUAAGAGAAUGAAAAAUGCGAAGUCGCGAUUUGGGAGCCAAUUGAUAGGUUGACGGAAGUCGUUCGAACUCGGACACGCACUCGUCGUUCGGAAGUUUUUCUCGAGACGCGACCACGUUGCCUCGUAGCGUACUAUUCGUGUCGGUAAUUACGAAAAUGGUAGAAAGGUAGUUUCCCAAUGGUACCUAAGGGAAAGCGUUGGUCAAUCUGGACAAAUUUAUUACUUAUUUGCAUUCGAUGUCUAUAAAAUAUGAAAAAUGUACGACUUCGAUCACCCGGGUAAUCGUGGGCACGUGAUUGCUUUCCAUUAGUGCUCGAGUGAUGCUUUUACGCUCGAUAGAAAAUAUCGCAACAUUGUUCAAAUCUAAGCUCGUGCUUACCCGUGCCUUGUAUUCGACGCGAGCGUUUCUCGAGCACUAGAGGAAAUCGUUACUUUGACAAGAACGAAUUAAUUUGCACAGAGGCAGUGGUCGCGAGCGCGAUCGAACUUUUCGGUUCUAUAUUCGUUUUCCUUCCGGUCGACGAUUUAUAUUUUAGGACUACUUUUAACGGUGACUCUUUGAACCGUCGGUCCGGAAAGGAAAGCGUCAGAGUUUAUCGAAAAUUUUACGAGCGACCGGGCGCGCGAAUUGUUCUUUUAUUUUGUUGGUGGAAUAAACGAGGGCAGAGGCUCGAACGAUUUCGGUCCAAUCCACAAUGGGACCACAACGGUGAUAAAUGGAUACAGAGUUUCGUGAAUCUGAGGAAUGGCGAGCCUCGAUGAAAAAAGAAAAAAACGACAUGCGCGCCGUGAAAGAGCGGCGGAUUUGGUUCGAUCGCUGGCGAGAGCAGAAUUUUAUUUAAAAUUUUCACAGGAAUUUUUCUUUUGUCGAUGAGAGAGAAAAAAUUGUCAAAGUUUUUGGUUCGAUUCUGUUUGUUUUUAGCCGCGCGGGGCGAAUGCUGUUCUCGUUGCGAGCCGAACGAAUCUCCUCCCUUCGCGGCGACUUUCAUUUACCGAAGGAACACACAUACACGCAAGUCUCAUGUACCACGAAUGAAAAAAUUAUAGUUUGAUAAGUAUUGCCAACAAUACACUAUAUAUUUAUAAUACAUUUUAUUAUUACAAAAUAA